GUUGUAUUUUUUUUUCAGCACAUGUGUGUUUGUAUUGAUGAAGAGUUGAAGUUUCCCGUGCUUGUGUCACUGGGAGGAAGAAGUUUGAGGGUUAACUACAUUCUUUUUUUUAUUAAGGUUUCGGAGAAGGUGAAUGCUUCAAGGAAUAGUCGGUUGUGUGAUUGUGGAUUGACAAGGGGAGAAGUAUUGGGUCUCAGGCUGCUGUACUUUUGAGUAGGAGGUCGAGCUCUGAUUUGCUUGGCUAUGGCACUCUUAAGAAUUCCCAAAGCCAUUUUCAAGUUGGGGGCAGUUCCGGCAACGGAGGGUCUGUGUGGGAGGCACACACAAUUGGGGAGCUGGGGAUGGAGCUCCAGAAUGACAAUUCAUUCUGGGAGACCGGUGAUAGCUGCAGAGGGACUGGGUGGAGAUGGAGUAGGGGGCGUCGAUGCUGGUGUGUCGCUAGUGCAAGGAGCGUCUCGGGGCCUCGGUCUGGAGUUUGUACGACAGCUUCUACAGAAAGAAAAGGGUCACGUUAUUGCAUCUUGCAGGGACCCUCUGAGUGCUGCUGACUUAUCGUCGCUGAAGGACCAGCAUGCAGGCAGACUGACACUGCUACCUCUAGAUGUGACGAAGGAGAAUACUAUUGAGGAAGCGGCAAAGCUUAUUUCCAAAGAGCACGGAAGGCUGGAUCUGCUCAUAAACACAGCUGGAAUCCUCCAUGUUAGUAGUCUCAAAAUUCAGCCUGAGACUGCAUUGCUCAAAGUGAAUCCAGAGGCUAUGACGCUUGUGUAUCAGAUUAAUGCAGUUGGGCCACUUCUUGUAAUGAAGCACAUGGCAGCUUUGUUGAAGAAGGGAGGAGGAAAGGGGACUAGCAGGCCCGCAGCAAUCAUAGCAAAUCUCAGUGCUCGGGUGGGAUCCAUUGGGGAUAAUGGAACAGGAGGAUGGUAUGCUUACCGUGCAUCAAAAUCCGCACUAAAUCAAUUGACCAAGACAGCGUCGUUAGAAUUUGCAAGGAAAAGGGACCCUAUCGUUAGCAUCUUACUUCAUCCAGGAACAGUGGACACUGACCUUUCCAAACCCUUCCAACGAAACGUACCAGAAGGCAAGCUGUUCACAAGAGAAUACUCAGUGGAGAGGUUGCUAGGUAUCAUUAAUAGGAUAGAUGCCAAGGACAACGGGAAGUUCUUCGCUUGGGACGGGCAAGAGAUAGUAUGGUAAGUACACAGAGGUAGAAGUUUAUCCUCUGCAGGACCAUUUUUUAUGCGUACCAUCAACGCUAUGUACAUCGAAUUGUGCAGCUCUUUCACCAGUUAAUUGAAUUUCUUGAUUAUGGAAACUCAAGUUUUGCCACCA